CGAUUUUUUUCUUCUUCCUCAACUCAAAAAGGUUGUCUAAUUCGUCCACCUUCUAACCCCCCAAAGACAUGAAAACUCACGGCCGGUUGCGGCAGCGCAAGAAGAGCCAGCGGAUAGCGAGUAGCGCUGGGCAGUCAUCGGACGACGUUGGCCGGCGGCUGUCCAAGGCCAAGCGCAUAUCCAUGGCCAUUAGCAGUCUGGACCUGGCCACGCUAAAGGACCUGGCGCGUACCGGCAACGGCCUGCAGACUCUGCGGUUGCGGCGGCGGGCAUGGCCGCUAUUGCUGAAUUUUCGGUCUCUGACCGACACCGGCGACAAGCAGAAUGCACACCCUGACGAGGGCCAGGUUGACCUGGAUCUGCGGCGAACCAGCCUGCCCGAGUCCUCGGAGCUGCGGCGCGACCCCAAAACAACCAAGCGGCGGCAGCACCAGCUGGGCACGGUAGUGCGCAAUGUCCUGCGCAGUUACCCCUGGCUUAGCUACUACCAGGGAUACCACGAGCUGGCUCUAACCUAUCUGCUGGUGUUUGGCAGUGAGCAGGCGGCUGCCGAGGCGGCGAAAAUGACUGCCCUGUUUUUUGUGCGCGAUGCCAUGGGCAGCAAUCUCGACCAUGUCCUGCAGCAAUUACAGCUCCUAUACGUGCUUCUGCAGCAGACAUGCCCUAAAGUCCACCGGGUGCUGACGGAGCUCGAUGUGCCGCCGUUUUUCGCCAUCAGCUGGGUACUGACGUGGUUUGCGCAUGACGUAGCAUCUUUCGACGACAUUUGCCGGAUCUUCGAUUUCCUGAUUGUCAGCCCGACCAUGCAGGUCGUGUAUAUGGCCGCAGCCGUGAUUGCCUGCCGCCAGGACGACAUUCUUGCGUGCGAGCGCGAUUUCGCCAUCCUCCACACUAUGCUGACCAAACUGCCGGCCGAGGUCACCAAGUGGGACGACGUCAUCGCCGAUUCAUACAACCUGGAGCUCAACUACCCGCCGCUGAAGCUGCAGCACCUGGGCAACUGCCAUUUGCCGAAGCUCUCCGAUGUCAACACCUAUGAGGCUACGUGGAAGCGUCUGGAUCCUGUGCGCCCGGUGAUGUUUACCUCCCUGGUACCCGCCACAAAUGCACAUCCGCUGGCACCGAAGGUAAAGGCGGAAGGGAAGGAAAAUCGCAUGGCCCAGGUCAUUGAGCUCACUAAUACUGCACAUAAGGCGCGCGAGCUGGCCAUGCAGCACAAGUGGCCGCUGCUGGUGGCCACUGUUGCCUCAACUACGCUGCUCAUGUACAUGUGGGUCAUGAUGCAACAUCUGAACAUAGGAAGUACAUAGGCAUGCACUUAUAGAGUUUCCUAAGUUAGUCAUCAUAAAUGCCAUACAGAUUGU